GAUUUAAGCAAUCUAGUAAUUUUAUUUCAGAAAAGUUAUAACUGACUAGUGCAUAGUUUUUUUGUAUAAAAUUUUUAUCAUCCAAUUUCUUCAGAAAAGUUCUCUUCUAAAAUGAUGAUAAAAUACCCAAAUAUACUUAUUACAGGCACUCCGGGUGUAGGCAAGAGCACCAUGGCCGCACAGGUAGCUGAGAACUGCAACCUGCAACACAUCAGCGUCUCUGACUUGGCCAAAGAGAACAAUCUCUUUGAUGGAUAUGAUGAUGCAUUGCAAUGUCAUAUUCUUGAUGAAGAUAAAGUUCUCGACGAGCUUGAAGACCCCAUCAGCGAAGGUGGCAAGGUCGUGGACUAUCAUGGCAGCAGCUUCUUCCCUGAACGAUUUUUUGAUGCAGUUUUUGUGCUGCGCUGCAACAACACAGUUCUGCAUGACAGAUUAGCUGCCAGAGGUUACACGCCCGAGAAGAUCCUGGAGAACAUAGAGUGCGAGAUCUUGCACGUGCUGCGGGACGAGGCGCUGGAGAACUACAAGCCCGAGAUCGUGAUGGAGGUGGAGAACGACACGGUGGACCAGCUCGAGGCGGGCGUCAACCUCAUCACUGAGUGGGUCAAGGCAUGGGUCAGACAACACGACGAGUCCAUGGAGCAAUAAACUAAUACGAUGAAUAAGAUUCCAUGGAGCAAUAAACUAAUACGAUUAAUAAGAUUCCAUGGAGCAAUAAACUAAUACGAUUAAUAAGAUUCCAUGGAGCAAUAAACUAAUACGAUGAAUAUGAUCCGUUCAUUCCGUUCCCUUUACUCAACUAAGAUCGUUGAAAUGGCCAUAUAAAAUAAGUGGGAUGCAUUGCUCGUGAUAACGGAUGUUGUGAAGUUAGCUUAAGGGAGGAUUAUUCUUGAUAAUUCACUUUCGUGGCUAUGUUUAGUAAAAGAAGAAUUAGAUAUUGCCUAACUAUAGAGAAAGCUAAUGUUUCCAACAGAUGCGCAUGCCUCAACAGAUCGCAUACCUCAUGUGAGUAAAAAAUUCAUUUUUUCAUGAACUUGGAAACAAUUGCUGAUACGAUUUACAACAAACUUGUUUCCCAACACAAUGUUCUUUUUCUGUUUCGUUCUCUACUGCUCGCUACUUAAGUGUUUAAGCCAAAAUUUUAUACGCUAGUAAAGUCAAGGUUUGAAGAAAUCAAACCCGAAUAAUAACGAUUUAUUUAAAAUGUUAACAGAGAAAGAACGAGACAGGAAAAAUAAUACUUAAACCAAGAUUAAAUUUAAGGAAGAGACCCUGAACGCGGACAUCUCAUAUCCUGAACCAAAAAUAGGCAACCCAGAAGAACUAAAUCAAAUCAUUUUGUUUGUUAUUACAUUUUUGUGUUGAAUUCUGAGCAAGACAAUUUUAUUCAAACGGCGCCCGCAUGCCGGACUGAAAUAGCAACAGUUUUCUCAGAAUAAAUUUUCUUUUUGAAAUGAC